UUUCUUUACAAUUCUUGAACAUGUGAAUUUCUAGAUCUCCAAAACAAAAAUAGGAACACCACAGCAAGUUUUACAGAUAGGAUUCAUAGCACAUAACAGCCGUUUCCAAAAAAAAAUAAAAAAAAUACAGAAAAUCCUGAAUUUAGCAGUCACAAUCCAAGACAUAGAUUCACCUCCACAACUUACCCAAGUUGCUGGCAGAAAGACAUCCACCACCAUCGUAACUCCUAAACCCUCCGAACCUUUUGUCUCUGAACAAAAAGAGUAAAAGUCCAGAGAAAUAUAGAAGACGUUCAGGCAAUCAAGAAAAAGGAAAAAAAGAAAUGGGAGAUGAAUUGAAGAUUUCUACAAUUCCUCUACUUGAAUCUUCAUCAACAGGAACAGCUUCUAAAAUUCAAACACUAGGGAAUAUAAUUGUUUCCGUGGUUGGCACUGGUAUUUUAGGCCUGCCUUUCGCUUUUCGAAUUGCUGGCUGGCUCGCUGGCUCUCUCGGUGUCCUCGCCGCUGGAGUUGCCACUUAUUAUUGCAUGCUUCUCCUUGUUCAAUGCAAAGAAAAGCUAGCAUCACAAGAAUUAACACCAGAAACAGAAACAUAUGGUGACUUGGGUUACAAAUGUAUGGGCAACACAGGACGUUACCUGACAGAAUUUCUCAUUUUCAUAUCCCAGUGUGGAGGAGCAGUGGCAUACCUAGUCUUUAUUGGCCAAAAUCUAUCAUCCGUAUUCAAGGGCCAUGGACUUUCUCUCUCAUCCUUCAUAUUCUUGUUAGUCCCUAUCGAGAUCGCACUAUCCUGGAUCCAUUCGUUAUCUUCUUUAGCACCUUUUAGCAUUUUUGCCGACAUAUGCAAUGUGUUAGCGAUGGCAGUCGUGGUGAAAGAGGAUUUAGAUAAGGUAAUAAGCGGUGAAUUCAGGUUUGGUGAUAGAAAGGCAAUUACAUCUAGUAUAGGAGGAUUGCCAUUUGCUGCAGGGAUGGCAGUGUUCUGUUUUGAAGGGUUUGGGAUGACAUUGUCGUUGGAGGCUUCAAUGAAAGAGAGGGGCGGUUUUGCUAGCUUGCUGGCAAAGGCAUUCUCUGGGAUUACUCUUUUGUAUGUUCUGUUUGGUUUUUCUGGUUAUAUGGCUUAUGGUGAUGAAACUAAAGAUAUUAUAACUCUCAAUUUGCCCAACAAUUGGUCCACAAUUGCUGUUCAGGUUGGAUUGUGCUUGGGACUAGCAUUCACGUUUCCCAUCAUGGCACACCCAAUCCACGAGAUUGUGGAGGGGAAGCUGAGAAACAGUGAAUGGCUUCGAAAGGUCUGCUAUAAAGAUGGUGAGAAUCCAACAUUAGUUGGAAAGUUUGGAACAUAUCUGAGUCGUGCUAUAUUGAUUGUUGUUUUGGCACUCUUGGCAUCAUUUGUGCCUGGUUUUGGUGAAUUUGCAUCGCUUGUGGGGAGUACUGUAUGUGCACUAAUCUCAUUUGUUUUGCCAGCCGCAUUUCACCUAAAAUUAUUUGGUUCAUCGUUACGAUUCUGGGAGAAAGCCUUGGAUUAUAUCUUCUUGAUAGGUGGACUGCUCUUUGCUGCUCAUGGUACUUACAAUUCCAUCAUUGGUUUCUGAAGGAAUUUUGGCUUGAAUUAUGUUUUUAUUCUUUCCUUUUCAGUAGCCUAGAUUGUCACAUAGAGAAAUGUAGUUUCAUGUAAGUGACAUUAUUAGCAACAGGUAGAAGGGGAUGUAUCUCUAGAGAUCAUGUACUUGGGGACUGAAGAUACAGCAACUUGCUUUGUAUACUGCUGCUGGCCCUGCCUUUAUCCAAUCGAAUGGAAAGUUCAACUUUCAUGAA